GUGAAUGUCAAAACGAACAGCUGAUAAUUGUUACGUUGUUUGCUUGCAUUUUAAUAAUUGUUAUUUCUCAUGAAUAAAAUAUGUUAAAAUGCACUGCUUGGUGAGACAAACGCAACGGAUAAGCUGCUGGCUGCCAGUAGCAGCAAAAAUUCACACAACUGCCGUGCAGCGCACUUUCUGGGAGCGUGAAAAGAAAUCCGGCUACAAAACCAAACUGCCGGAACCAUCGAAAAAGCAGCUCAUCAUCGAUGGGUUUCGUGAUCUCAAAGAAGAGAUGAAGCUGUGGCGCCAGGAGGUCAAGGAAAAGCUGGAAAGUGAUCCAAUACUGGUAUUUCGACCCGGCGAAACGGACAUUGUGUUCGAUUUUAAAGCACCCGAUGUGCUCGACAAAUGGACGGUGACAACGGAUGCAGAUCACGGCGAAGGCAAAAGCACAGCGACGCUCGAGCUGAGCGCGGCGGGCGCAGGACUCUUUCAUGGCGACGUUAGCUCGCAGCACACCAAGGAUGGCAUUAUUAAGCGUACCGGCUACGCUAAUAUACGCACUAAGCGUGUGCGAAAAUCAUUUAAGCGUGAAUCGACCUACGACUGGACGCAGUACAAUAUGCUUGUGAUGAAGGUGCGGGGAGAUGGACGCAGUUAUCUGAUUAAUUUGCACACCGAGGGCUAUUUCGAUCUCAUGUGGAACGAUAUCUAUCAUUAUGUGCUAUAUACACGCGGUGGUCCACACUGGCAGAUAGCCAAAAUACCCUUCUCCAAGUUCUUUCUGUCCUCGAAGGGUCGCGUCCAGGAUCGCCAGAAUGCCAUCGCAUUGAAUUGUGUGACGCAUUUUGGGUUCUCGGUGGCCGCCAAAAAGGGCAUGGAUGGCCCUUUUGGUCUGGAAAUCGAUUAUGUUGGCUUGGAAUACGAUCCCAGUCAUCGCGAAGAAUUCGCUUACGAAAUGUAUAAAACGCCUAAAUAUAUUGUAGCCACGUAACAGCAAACGUUAUUUAAUUGUAGUGUAAUAUGUAUGCGUUGAAAUAAAUGCAUUGCACAUUUUUUGUUUUAAA